AUAAGAUUACCAAUGAUGAACAAAACGGUUAUCACCAUAAUCUUCAUAUCAAUAUUCAUCUUCAUCGCUGAAUCUUCUUCUUCCAAAUCAUUCUAUCACACAAAAUUCCUAUCUCUCUCAGACAAUACCUCCAUCGCAAAUCAUCUCUUCAUUCUAACUCGCCGUCCACACGUCGCCGGAACCCUAGCAAACGCCGAAACAGCUUCCUACGUUCAAUCAACACUAAUUUCAAAUCAAAUUCCAUCUCAUUUUGCUUCAUAUGAAGUCUCCUUAACCUAUCCUGUUUCCCGUUCAUUAAACCUAACAGAUCCAUCAUCAUCAUCAAUUAAACAGUUCAGUCUCCGUCAAGAGAUCUACAAAGGAGAUCCAUACGCAAACGUAGCUAAUGAAAUCUUACCGACUUUUCACGCCUACGCAAAAUCAGGUUCUGUAUCUGGAUCAGCGGUUUACGCAAAUUACGGACGAGUAGAAGAUUUCGCAACUCUUAAGCAAAUCGGAGUUAAUGUAUCAGGUAAUAUUGUAUUGGCGAGAUAUGGACAGAUUUUUAGAGGUGAUAUUGUGCAGAAUGCUCAAGAGGCAGGAGCGAUUGGUGUUGUGAUUUACACUGAUAAGAAAGAUUACGGCGGCGGUGGCGGCGGCGGCGAUGGUGGAGAUAAGAGAUGGUUUCCGGAUGGGAAAUGGAUGCCGCCGAGUGGAGUUCAGGUUGGAUCGGUGUUUAAGGGAAGUGGAGAUCCGACUACGACGGGAUGGGCGAGUGUUGAAGGAUGUGAGAGAUUGACGGAGGAGGAAGUGAUGAAGACGGGAGAUGUUCCGUUGAUUCCUUCUUUGCCGGUUUCUUGGAAAGAUGGUGAGAUAAUUUUGAACUCCAUUGAUGGACCUGUUGUUAAUGGAGAUUGGCAAGGUGGAGAAGAUGCAUCUGUUUAUAAAGUGGGACCUGGUCCUGGAAUUUUGAAUCUUCAUUAUCAGGGAAAGGAAGAAAUAAGAACAAUUCACAACGUAAUUGGCAUUAUAGAAGGAUCAGAAGAACCUGAUCGAUAUGUAAUUCUAGGUAAUCAUCGAGAUGCAUGGACAUUCGGUGCUGUUGAUCCAAACAGUGGUACUGCAGCCUUAUUAGAGCUUACAGAACGGCUAGGAAAGCUACAGAAACAAGGAUGGAGACCUAGACGAACCAUCGUUUUCUGCAGUUGGGAUGCAGAGGAAUAUGGAUUGAUAGGAUCAACAGAAUGGGUUGAAGAAAACAGGGAAACCUUAAUUUCACGAGCAGUUGCUUACCUUAAUGUUGAUGUUGCAGUUUAUGGAAAAGGGUUUCAUGCUUCCUCAACUCCACAGUUAGAUGAACUUAUUCUACAGGCUUCUCAAUUGGUUCCUGAUCCAGACAAUUCAUCCCAAACUGUUUAUGAUGCUUGGCUUCAAUCGAAAUCUAAGGCUGUGUUAGGUAGAUUGGGUGGUGGAGGUUCAGAUUAUAAAGCAUUUGUUCAACACAUUGGUGUUCCUUCUGUUGAUAUGAUUACUGGAGAUGGAGGUUAUCCUGUGUACCAUUCUAUGUAUGAUGACUUUGUUUGGAUGAAGAAGUUUGGUGAUCCCAUGUUUAAGAGACAUGUUGCAGUGGCGAGUGUAUGGGGUUUGGUUGCACUUCGACUAGCCGAUGAAGAAAUUCUUCCCUUUAAUUAUCUCCAUUACGCCGACGAGUUACAGAAAAGUGCAGAAGACCUUAAGGUGGAAUUAUCAGGCAAGGAUAUAAACCUUAAACCAUUAUUGAACUCUAUUGAUGGAUUAAGAUUGGCUUCCAUCAAAAUAAAUGACCAAAAGGAGGCUUACUUGAAAAGGAACAAAAGAAAAGAUUCUUUUAAAGCACGAGAGCUGAACGAUAGAUUGAUGAUGGCGGAACGAGCUUUUACUGACAGUGACGGGCUUCCAUCAAGACCAUGGUCUAAGCAUUUGAUUUAUGCACCUUCAAAACAUAAUGGUUAUGGAUCUAAAUCAUUUCCCGGGAUUCAUGAUGCAAUUGAGAUGGCUAAGCAAAUGAAUACUAAAGAGUUGUGGAAAUCUGUACAACAUGAAGUUUGGAGAGUUUCUAGAGCUAUUAAACAUGCAUCACUCGUCCUCAACGGUAAAUUGACAUAAAUUCUUCUUCUUAAUAUUAUUAUUGUUAUGCGAUUUUCGGUUUCUUAUGUUUGUAAGAAUGAUUGAAAUUGUUAGUAUUGACAAAUGGAAUGGAAUUGUAAUAAUGGGGAUGAUAAACAAGUGUGAAGAAUGGUGAAGAGAAAGUUUAGAUCUAAAAUUAUACAAAUGCUAAAAGUUUUGGG